AUGAGUCACAAAGUCUCCAAAAAGUUAGACGAGGAGCAAAUCAAUGAGCUCCGGGAGAUUUUCCGUUCAUUUGACCGGAACAAAGACGGAAGCUUAACACAGCUCGAGCUCGGAUCACUUCUCCGAGCACUCGGGCUUAAACCGAGUCCAGAACAAUUCGAGACACUAAUCGACAAAGCCGACACUAAAAGUAACGGACUCGUGGAGUUCCAGUUCGUGUCUUUGGUCUCGCCGGAGCUUCUUUCAGAGGAGAAAACGAGAACUCCUUACACGGAGGAGCAGCUUCUCCGGUUGUUCAGGAUAUUCGAUACUGACGGUAAUGGGUUUAUCACUGCAAAGGAAUUGGCUCAUUCCAUGGCUAGGCUUGGCCAUGCCUUGACGGUGGCGGAAUUAACAGGGAUGAUUAAGGAGGCUGAUAGCGACGGAGACGGCCGGAUUAAUUUUCAGGAGUUCUCUAAGGCCAUUAAUUCUGCUGCAUUUGAUGAUUUGUGGGGUUGA